UGUGUUUAGUAGUAACUUCAGGCCGCCCCCGACAGUCUCGUUCGACCAGUCCACAGUCGCGAUCGCCAGCUAGGCCCAGUUGUCGUCCGAGGUAGAAUCGAGUGCCCAGCCGCGCUAUUACAGUACCUAUUCUCCGUCUCCGAACCUGUACAAACGUUCCCAGUCUUCGACUCCGACGAGUAUCAGUACGAUGAGUCUUGCCAAUGGCGAUAUCAAGGCUGCGAGGGCGAAGAUUGCCGCACAGGUCAAGUUUGAUAUCUUGAAGGAGACGCAGGCCGACGAUAACGCGAAGCAUAUUAGACAGGUCUCGAGGAGCUUCAUAUCGGAUACUCUUACAGUGCCCACUAAGGAAAUGUACGAUUACGCCGUGCAGGGUUCGCUCGGUGACGCCGUUUACCAUGAACCCUCGACGCUAGCCCUCGAGGAACACAUGGCCAAACUCACCGGCAAGGAAGAUGCCCUCUUCAUGCCUUCCGGCACGAUGUCGAACCAAAUCGCCCUCAGGUCGCAUCUUAUGCAGCCACCUUAUUCGAUCCUGUGCGACCACAGAGCGCACAUCCAUAGGUACGAGGCUGGCGGUGCGGCGUUCCACUCUGGUGCUGCCGUUCAUGCUGUCAUACCCGCUAAUGGUCAUCAUCUUACGCUCGAGGACGUUCAGGCUCACGCAGUUCUCGACGAUAACAUUCAUACCGCCCCCACUCAAAUUGUUGAACUCGAAAACACUCUGAACGGGACGAUAAUUCCCCAAGAAGAAGUCAUCCGCAUCUCCGAAUGGGCCCACUCUGAGGGCGUGCUCAUGCACCUUGACGGUGCCCGGAUAUGGCACGUCUCUGCUGAGACGGGCGUUUCGAUCAAGGAGCUCUGCGAUCCGUUCGAUUCGGUUAGUCUGUGCUUUAGCAAGGGGCUUGGCGCGCCCAUCGGAUCCUGCCUCGUCGGCCCCAAGAAGUUCAUUCAGAAAGCUCGCCACUUCCGUAAGCUCUUUGGUGGUGGCAUGCGCCAGACUGGGCUCAUGGCCGCCUCUGCGGCCUACGCCCUGACUUAUAAUUUCCCUCGAUUGGUGGACGUGCAUCUGAUGGCGCGCCGGCUUGACCAAGGGUUGAGGGAGAUCGGGGUGGAGGUUACGUCGGAGGCGGAGACUUGCAUGGUCUUCUUCGACCCCUCGCCCAUCGGCGUAAGCUAUGAAGAAAUCGUGGCCCGCGCCGCGUCCCUCCCCGACCCUAUCACCAUCGGCGGUUCGCGUCUCGUCGUCCAUAUACAGAACACGGACGAGACGAUCGACGAUUUCCUUGCGCUCAUGAAGGAGUUGGCGGAGGAGAAGAUUAAGGCUGGUUUCGUGAGGUCUGAACCGGAGGUGAACGGGAAGGCGAAUGGGGCGGUGAAGAAUAUCUAUGUGAAGGUUAAGCACUGAGUAAGGGUUGGGGUUUGAGUUUGAGGCGGAAGUUGAGCGAGUGAGGAGAGGGCUGAAGCAAGACUGCUAAUUGUGGCGAUAUACGGGUGGAUCUUAAACGAGUUAGCGAAGUAAAGGAAAUGUGAAAUAUCUUUAUCAUGUAAUGUUCCUGUGCUGUUCAUGUUGUGCUUCAUAGAAUGUCUGUUAGACUGGACUGUAUGAAAUUGGUCUCCACUCAUCGAGAGCAUGCAGUUGCU